AUGUUGUAUCUGCGUCCGUGCAAAGUUCAGGCAAUUCAGCAAAACAAAUCCAAACUGGAACAUGAAGGGGUCAAACUAAGACGUAACAGUUUCCACUGGAGUGUGGAACCUCUAUCAAGAUGGAUGUGUUUCCUUGGAAUCCCAAUUCCGACUCCUAGGAAAAUCUCAAUCUGUAGAUUUGCCACACUUCUCCAUACCACCUUUUGUUUUCUGCUGGUGACGUCGAGUCAUUUAUACCUGGUAAUCUACACAAUCCACAACGCCAAAUCCAUCUCAGCUGCCUACCUACAUGGAAUCUCAACCUCGACAUUGGCAUGGAAUUUCGUCAUAGAAAAUUUAACUUUGGCACUGUACACGAUCGGCAGUAGCAUUUCUUUUUUUAUAUGCAUCCGAUCUGGCGCGUGGUCAGACCUCGUCAACUUGUUGACAUUGUUGGACCAAAAUUUGGCAACUUCUGACAUCUAUCCCUCAUCCAGACAAUUUGCAAUUAAAAUUUUGAUCUUCAUCAUCUCAUCGAUGCUUUGCGUAGAGACCCUGUUACUCCUCGAUUCAAUAACAAAUGAUAGUACCUUGACGCGAAAAAUCCUAGAAGGAUACUGCAUUUUCACAAAGAUCUAUCCAGCCACACAGCUGGCGUUGUUUUGCGUCUUGACACGAACACUUUCGCUACAAACUGAAGCUAUUCGGAAACAUGUCGAAGAAAUGUGUACGCAGUCCCUUCCGGCUAGUCUCACCAUCACGGAGACAAGAAAUUCUGAGUUAAGAAUCCUCCGACGUCACCACCGUUUGGUCUGCAACUCGAUUCACAAACUUAAUUACUGUUUUGGUACUUUUUUGGCUCUUGAGGUCGUCCACGUUUUCAUCAUCUUUACCAUCAGCUCACUGUAUACCCUAAUGGGUGCAAUAAAUGGCGAUCUAGUUCUUGAAGUGCUGAAUGUCAUAGUUUGCUUGGACUGCAUAAUACAUCUGUAUCUUCCGACUUCUUAUUCGGAUGAUAUCGUCAGCCAGAUUGAUAAGACUUAUGACGCAUUGGCUGAUUUACUCUAUCAGCAACCGUCACUACAAAACGAGGUUACCUUGUUAACAGACCAGCUGUCACACCUGAAAUUCGAUAUAAAUGCAAUGGGAUUCUUCAGAGUGAGCAAAUCUUUACUUCCCACGGUACGACUUCACCUUUUACGUAGUUUGAAUUUUUUUUGCCUUAAUGGGUUUACGAUUUUUUUUCCACAGCUGAUGGGAACGACGUUGACGUACUUCCUUAUUUUUCUGCAGUUUCAGUCUGCUGAAAAAAAAGAAAGCUGAUUUCAUAAUUGCCAUCACUCACAAUUCGUAUUAAUGUUCGAUUAUAAUCAAUGUAGUGCAAUACAAAACAAAAAACCUGUCAA